GGGGGAUGUUAUAAUUUUGUGUAACUUUAUAUCAUGCCGGGUUCUUCUUCAUUGAAAACAAAAAAGAAUUACAAUUAAAAUGGAUAUAGAUCGUUCAAUUAGUCUUUUAGGAGAUAACAUAACUUCAAAAAGCUUAAUAAGACCACGACAUCAUAACCGUGAAGAAACAAUGGAUUUUUCUAAGCGAUUUGAUGAAUCUAGUUUAAUGACAAGUGCAAGCGUUUACGGGAGUCAAACAAACCUCAGCGUUGUUGUGAAACAAAAAACUGAUCAUCUUUAUCAACAUUUUCUCUCUGUCAUUCAAGCACGUACAAAUGAAAUGGAAGUAUUUGAGACAGUUUUCGACCUACGACAUGUUUUAGAAAACACAAUUGAUGAGAUGGAAAGUAAUAAAAAUAUGAAAGUCGGAAGUGACUCAUGGAUUAGACAAGAAAUGAAUACAUGGAGCUUAAUACACUGCUUAUAUAAGGAUCGUUUAAUAACACAGAAAGAAGACAUGGAGACAGACGACUUGCCUCUUGUUAACAGUGAAAAGAUUGUGGUUGAGCAUUUAUACAUAAACAACUCAACCCUUCGUGAACAUCAAUUGAUUGUUGACUGGUUAGAACAGACAUCUUCUGAGCAAUAUGAGGAUCAGGUCGCUCACUAUACCGACCGAAGUUCAAUGGCAUGGGAGAAUACUUUACAUCAACUCCAGAAUGUUGGUCGAACAAUGUUUGGAAGUCAACGAGAGAUAGUUAAAAGUUUGGAUCCUGAUGCACCUCAUCGUGAAAAGUUGCCACUUCAUGAUCUGGAUACUGAGGAUCAAAAGCGUCUAACACGACAUGUUUUCAACGCCAUUCGCCAGGGAAAAGUUGAUGAAGCGCAAAGUCUAUGUGAACAUUGUGGACAACCAUGGCAAGCUGCUAUACUUGAAGGCUGGCGAUUGUUUCACGAUCCCAACAUGGAUUCAUCUGAAGGUCCUAAAGAUAUUAAAAUGCCAGUUGAAGGAAAUCCACAUCGUGAUUUGUGGAAGCGUUGUGCCUUUGCCAUGGCCGAUAAUGUCUCUUUGGACGAUUAUCAACGAGCUAUUUCAGGAUCACUUUGUGGACAUCUCGAGUCUCUUCUCAACGUUUCUUCUGAUAACUGGUGGGAUCUUUUAUGGUCAUAUUUAAAAGUUCAAGUUGAUAUCCGUGUGGAAUCAGAGAUUCGUUCUUGUUGUUCAAAAAAUUAUUGCUCCAUGCCUGACAAAUAUUGGGACGGCAAAAUCUCACUCGAACAAAUCUUCACUGAACUCGAUGCCAGUAAAAAUAUUAAUGUGAAGUCAACAGCCCGUUCAACUAUGCCGAUGAUUCAACGUUUCCUAAUUCUAGACGAUGUCACCGGUUUAUUGAACCAUAUGAAAGAUACUUUGGACUCUGACACAACUCCACAAACGCUUAGAUUCUUCGCUCAUCUUGUAUUGUUUAUAAGACAAAUAGGAAGAAAUCAUCAAGAGGAAAUUGGUGACAGAAUUAUUAGAUCUUAUGUUCAAUGUUUAAUGAAACUGGGUGACGCUCAACUUGUUGCAUUUUAUACAGCUGCUCUUCCUAAUACGCAACAAAUUCAACUUUAUUCAGAGUUCCUUGAAAAUAUUUCAACAACACAUCGUCGUCAGUGUUUGGAAGAAGGACAAGCUCAUGGUUUAGAUGUUGGACAAAUUGCUAAAGUGACUGUCGAAAGAAUUCAAAAUCUGAUGAAUCCUUCUGAUGACGGAAGACUUUUAACUGGUGAAGUCUCAGAACUUGAUAAGAAGAAAAUUUCGUCAUUGGAAUUGUUAACAUUUCAUUCAGAACAACGUGGUGAGCUUUUAUGGCAAACAAAUACAAUGAUGCGAAGUUUUAUGGCUCAACGGAAAAUUGAAGCUGUCAAAGGUGCUUUCGCGAUGGUCCCACCAGAUACAGUUCAAACUCUUUGGCAAUUUUAUUGUGGCAAAAAUAAUCUUCCAACUCUCAUUGAAUGUUCAAUAUCUGAGUUUCUUUGUCAUCAAACUUAUAUUGCUGCUAUUGAUGGCUAUAAUGAUUGGAUUGAGUUCUUUUAUAACAAGAAACCGAAGGCACCAAAAACUGUCCAGGAACGAAAUUUUACAGAGAAAGUAGCAAGAGAACAUCAAGAACAAUUGUAUCAACAAGAUCUGUCUCGUUGGAAACUUACAUUGAGUGAACAAACAAAUCAUACGAAGAAUCUUCUUUAUGAUGUUCUACUUUUUCCACAAGGGCAUGGUUGGUUAGCUGAUCCCGAGGAUCUUCAAUUAGAAUUUGGUUCUGAAGAUGAAGCUAACAGAUACGAGAAUCGAAAAUUUCAAAUGGAAAAUUUAAGGAAAAUUCACAUUCCCGACAUUGCUCUUUUAUUGCAUAAAAUAUUGACGCUCGCCGAAGACCAUCAAGAAUGUUUGAAGCUCGUCGAUGAAAUUGCAAGUGAGAAGAAUCAACUUUAUAAAGUCUUCAGCAAACAUAAGAUGAGCGAAUUGUUAGGAAAAGUAGCAGAAUCAUCUCUUUCCCUUAUGAAUCAAAAGUUGGAUCCAUUUGGUUAUGUUGCAAACAAUUAAUUUUUUAAAUUAAAUUUCUUUUCAUUAACUGUUAUCAUGUUUAUCUACAAUAAAUUUUCUUCGAUUGAAAUUUCGAUAAAUAUUCGAUCUUCAUUU